GGCGGGCGUUAGCUGGCCGUCCGAAGCUGCUAGUGAAGAAAUUUCCCCCAAGUCGACCAUCAUGCUCCGCGUCGCCGCCCUCCGCACCCUCGCUGCCGCCCGCCCGUCGGUCGCCCGCCCGCUGGCCGCGUCGUUCAGCUCGGCCCCGAAGGCCGGCGAGACCGAUGUGGUCAUCCCGGACCUCCACGAGACGUUGGAGUGGACCUUGUCGUCGCCGCCGCCGCUCCAUCAGUUUGAGGAGUCGCCGAUCAUCGUCGAGACGUGGGGCCCCACGGACCCCCACCACCACUAAAUAUGCGACGCUCCGUGCGAACGUGACUGUUAGAAGGGUCGGUGAGGUGUUGCCUGCCACGACAUAAUAUACUCUUGAUGCUAAACCA